AUGUUAUUACAGGAGGCUACACGGAUUUUUGAAGACUUCAUCACUAGUAUCCAAAUCCUCCAAAAACCUCUUACCAAAGAAGAAGUCGAAAAAAUAAGAAAUUACAUCUUUAAGGUGGCAGUCGCCUUGGAACUAUUCGCCCUUAAUUAUGGCAAACACCAAAUGAUCAGAGCGAAUUCUUCAGUGGAGAUAAACAGCCGAAAACUAGGUGAGUCAGAGCAUGAUCAUUCGUUCGGAUUCUAAAUAAUCCGUUACUUACACUGUUUAUUGACUGACACUUUGACCAAUGACAUCAUGGCGGCUUUGAUGAUUUAAUUGAUCAGUGCUGUUAAGCCGGUUCAUCCUUCCCGUUAACCAUUUUUUAGAUUAAUCAUAGUGAUAAUGGACAAUUUUUACCAGCGAUUAGAAUGUUGAAAAGCACUAAAACCUCAGCUUUCCGAUGUCUUGAUGAUCUCAUGGCAGUUGUACUAUUUGGAAGAUUAUGUAUUGAAUACAUUGCUUUCAAACAGGUGUAAUUACCAUAUUUGGAUUAUGGCUUACUUUCGGACCGACACGAAAGAUAUUUCUUUGAAAAUAUAUUACCCUUAAUUUCGUCUUUAUUUACUUUUUCUCCAACAGAGUUGGCCAUACAAAAAACCUACCGCAAAAAUGCUAGUGACUUUUAUCUUGGAAAACAAGAACUGCAAACGAGCCUGAAAGUUUCUUCUAAAAACUUUGCUAACAAUGGUUUGUUAUUGACUUCAGUUUUUAAAUCCUUGAUGUGCUAGAACAAAGCACAUUUUUUAUUCCUCUACAAGUCUUUGCAGUUUUUUUUUUACAAGUUUGUUUGUUGGUUUACAUAAUCUGUUUGAUUCAGAUAUUUGCAUUAGCAACUUGGAUUUCAUAUAGUCAUGUUGUAGCCAGUUGUUUUUUUUACUUUUCUAGUAUCAGUGGUUGUUGGGAUCGUGUACAAGGAUCUCCAUGAAGUAUUAGUUACAGAUCAACCCUUCAGAACCAUAACGGGCACCACAAGGUAAGCUUACCUCCUAAAGUUUCUUAACCACAUGCCCUUUCCAUCGGAAAUACACGUAGAAUACAAAUAGAAACUCAAGGGGUUGAACUUAUGAGGUCGUAAAUUUUUUUUAACCCUAUUCAAUGAUCUUUUCCGUGUUUGAUAAAUUAGCCUUUAAGUAACACUGGUUUGUAUAGGCUCCUAGCUUGCUAUUUUCAUUAAAAUGAUUACUAUGCUUCAAAUUGAUAUGCUUCACAUCGAUAUUCUAUUUCCUACGAAGGUAUUUGGACUCCGGGAUAACGGCCGUGGCUAUAGAUCCAAAACCAGAAAAAUUACAAGAGAAUGUCAUUUUAAGGUUCAGAAAUACGAAGGUAAGAACACAAUCAAACUGAGUUGUUUUACGUUGUGAUAUUUAUUCCGAGUACAUGAUUUCAAUGUUUAUAUUCCGAGUACAGGUACAUGAAGGAGAGAAGAAAUGCGUGUUUUGGAGUGGCUUAAGUGAAAGGUAACAGCUGGAAUGUAUUUUUCAUCCUGUUCCAGGAGUAAUUGAUUCUUCUAAAAUUAUGAAGAAAAUGUAAUGAUUAUUACACUUAAAUGGGUGUUUUUCUAGGUUUAUUAUUAACCGUCCAUAAUUCCUCACUCGACUUUGAAGAGACGUUGAAACUUGCCUCACAUUCUAAAAAGGCCUUUCAAGGUCAAUCUGUUUCUUUUUAAAAUGAAGGCAUUGAUUUGUUAAAUGUUGCUUAUUUCGGAAGGUUUUAUUGUUGCUGUUUUUUUUUCUCUUUCUCUAUAUCUAUCAGUUGCUUAUAAAUUCCUUCCGCCUAUUUUUAUUAUAUGUUCAUUGAUUUGUUUGGUGGUAUGUGUGUUUUUGUUUGUUUCUGUGUUUCUAGCCUUGCUUGUUUUCUUGUUUGCUUUUUCACCUAAGCUAAGGUGUAUCAAUGUUUCACGAGUCUAUUUAAGAAUUGUGCAUAGCCUGAAUUACAGUAUCAUCAUCAUACCAUUUUCCUCAGUUAGGAAGUGCUGACCGUGAUCACUCAAAGGCAUAUCCAUGAGUGGCAGGGAAAAGAUGUCGACAAACGUCAAAUUCGAAAGUACUCGACGACGUGUAAAGGAUAUGAACUCAGCGAAAGAAAGACAGAAAAUAAACCCAUCGGUACCCUGAUGAGUUUUCGGGGCUGUUCCGAUUUAUAUUUUGAUCAUCGUCAUCAUCAUCAUCAUCAUCAUUAUUAUUAUUAUUAUUAUUGUUGUUAUUUUAUUUUCAGCCCAGGCGGAUUUUCAGAGACAGGAUGCCAUGUGGUCACAUCGAAAAGCAACUCAGAAGAAACAGUUUGCAGCUGCAAUCAUUUGACUCAUUUUGCUGUCUUACUUGACUACAACGGUAGCCCAAGGGUAAUGAAUUGAUUUUCACCUUACCUUUAGCACUGGUAAUAAAAUUUCAUCGGAUUAAGUAACGAAUCCAAUGACUAUUCAUCUCUCUUCACAGCUCACUGUGGAAGACGAAACUAUUCAUGAAAUUAUCACCUACGUAGGAUUGAGUCUUUCCAUAUUCGCGAUUCUUUUGACAAUUGUUUUAUAUUCCUACCUCACGUAAGUACUGUAACCAUACGAUCAAAGAACCAAGUCUUUGCAUGACCUUAAAUGAUUUAGGGCUUAGAACGGACAAGUUCUUUAAAAAAAAAUAUCGAUUAAAUUAAAAAGUAUAUUGAACAAAUAAAAUAAUAACAAUAAUAGCAGAAUAACGAUGAUUAAAAUGGAAUAGGAAUAAAUUAAAUUUAUUAGCGAAAGUAAGAUGUUUAAAUUAGUACAGUACAAAAUUAAUAGAAUACCUUGUCAAAUAUAUUUUCGUUUUGUUUUUGCUUCUGUCUGGUAUUUGAGUUUUUGUUUGUUUGUUUUUUUUCCUGUUUGUUUGAUUGUAUUUUUAUUACUUACCUCUUUCACUAGAGACGUAUGGCAACCUUUGACUCAAAUAAGACUGAGUCUUUCUGUAGCCCUCGGAGCUGGACAAAUAAUCUUUCUCGCCGGUAUAAACGCCACAGAAAAUACGGUAAGUGUUGUAUUUAUCUAUUCAUGGCUUAUUUGCUCUUUAGGGGCAUAAAAUAUUCUUUAAAAAAUAAUAUGAAAAACAGACAAAAUUUUUUUCCUCUCUCUCGCAGGCUCUCUGUGUCCUAGCAGCAGCUUUAUUGCAGUAUUUCCUGAUGGCAGCUUUCUGUUGGGUGCUGGUGGAGGGAACUUAUUCCUUCCUAUUUCUUGUGAAAGUUUAUAACAUCAACACCAAGAUUCAUAUGUAUCACUUCAUAUCAUGGGGUAUUUUUAUUUCACUUGUUAUAAAUUAUUGUAAGCUGCUGAAUCGGAAUCGCUUCAAAAAAUGGACGUAUGACUUCUCGAGUUGCACUAACUUCAUUCUACUUAUGUUUAGGUUUGCCCAUCAUCAUGGUUAGCAUUUCAAUAAGCAUCGCUGCUGGAAAAGACGGAAUUGAAAGCUAUACCAGUGAAAAAUAGUAUGAGAAACAGUAAAUAAUACGCCUGCAGUUUCUUCUCUCUUCUUCCUCUUCCUUCUCUCUCAUCCUCUCUCUCUUUUCUAUUUAAAUAAUCAGCGUUUCACGACGCAUUGCUGUUGUUAAGAUCUCUUCCCAGUUUUCCUUUAUCACUCCAUUUGUUUUCACUUGGAGUUGCCUUGUUUUAUGGUGCAGUUGUGUUUGAUUUGUGUUAUGCUCUGUAGAUUAUUUUCUGGAAUUUAACUUUUUUUAUAUACUCGUUUCCAGUUGCUGGCUGUCCUCAUAUAACAACCUGAUCUGGAUCUUCGUCACAUUUGUAGCUGUCAUUGAAGUUGUGAGUCUGUGUUGUUGUUAUUAUUGUUAUUAUUAUUAUUAUUAUUAUUAUUAUUAUUAUAUUUUUAUAAUUGUCGGUAUUAUUAUUGUUAUUUCCUAUACCAGGACUACCUGUUAUUAGAGAUUUUUAUUACUAAACGUUUACCGUCUUUCAAAAAAAUAUCAACUCCAAUUGAUAUUCCCUUGUGUUUUUCUAACUUCCAUUCCUCUUGGUUUGCGUAUGAACCAAGUAAUAGCGUGGCGCAGCACAGGGUUGAUGCUGCUCAUUAUAGAGACGUAGGAGCGCGUUGGUAAGCUGAAAACAUCGGGUUUCAUUUUUUGUAAAGAUUCAGAAUUUUCUUUUUUCAAACGCUCGUAACAGGACUAAUGACAAUUUUUCUGUUUUCGGCGAUACAUUUAGUAGUCCUUAUUUUUUUCAGCUCAACAUUUUGAUACUCGUCCGAGUAAUGAAGGAGAUGAGCAAAUUAACGCAACCCACGGGGGAAGACAACCAUAUACAGCAGAUACGGGAAGUUUUCAAAUUUAACAUUUACUAGAUAAUUGUGGUAAACUAGUUAAAAUUCAGGGGGGAAAGGUAAAUAAUAACUAGUUUCUACAAGGACUCGUCGAGCAAUGAAAUCGAAUUGUUGCCGCAUCUAGUCUAGCAGUAUUUGCCUAGAUUACACUCUCGUUCGUCUGCAACGAUGAAGCAAUACGAUUUUGAAAAAAAAAAGGUUAUAUCACGUUACAGAAAGAAAUGGUUAAUCGAUCCUCUUCAUAUAUUUUUGUCGUUAUUCAGACUUGGCAUUAAAACAUGCUCGGUGAUGAUUCCACUGCUGGGUGUCACAUGGCUUUUUGGUCUUUUUUUAUCAUCACACAAAGCUUUCGCCUACCUUUUCACCAUUUUCAGCUCUACUCAGGUGAGCUUUUAAUAAAAGUUAGUCUAUAAUUAAUUUUUAGUAAUCUGUUUACAUACUUAAAUGCUCAAACUACUCUUUACCUAAAAAAGACUCUUUUGGUUAGAUGAUAUUGCCUAUUCAAAAUAAUUUACCCAACAGCAGACAAUCUUUAUUGGUCUACAAGAUAUGCGACUUGCUUUAAUUCAUUCUUUCGCCACCUUUAUUGCGGUUUCAUCUCAAACGAUCGUACCGUUAUCACCUUUAUCACCCAGAUUACAAAAAGUGUAAUACUGAUAUAAGUAUCUGUUUCAGGGAAUCCUGAUUUUCGUUCUUCAUUGUGCGCGGAACAGCCAGGUAAGAUGAAUAUCAAACCGAGGGUGUACACAAGACGAAUUGUAAAUUUUCUAGACAUCAAUAAAGGUUUUGGUGGUUAACAUUUGAUAUUUGGUCGCCUGUUCAUCUGCAGAUUAGAGAGCGAUUGAAAAGGAAGACGAACAUCACUUUCCCAUCUGCUGUAGAUCAUGGAAAUUCUGCGAAUAGGGGCCCACAAGUUAAUCCAAGAGAUGCCGGCGAAAUGUGGGCGGUAGAAGUGCAGUCUUUCAAAGAAUAGUGCCAUACAGUAUUCAGUAAUUCAAUUUAAACGACUUUAAGUGAUACUGUUUUUCCAUCUGUAAAAAUGAAAAAUCCACAAGGAAAAGCUCACAGGUUAAUCCAAGUGAUGUCGGU